AUGGAUCAUUGCUUUCAAAUUAUUGAUGGUAUAGAAACUAUGUACGAAAAGGAUUUAGAACUGUUUAAUGAUGAGAAAUCUGAAACUGACAGUAAUUUCAUUUUGGAAAAUGAUGUUCAUAUUGAAAAUAAUUCAGUAACAUUGCAUGAUGCAAAUGAUGAAAAUACAGUUAUCUAUUUUACAAAAGAAUUGGCAUCACAUAUUAUUUAUCAUAUAUCGACACUUAUAGAAUAUCCAGUUACAAGCCCAGAAGGAGUUGCAUAUGUGUUUAACAUUGAAGAUUAA